AGCCACCCUGAACGAAGGCGCUUCUAAACCCCUUAAACCCUAAUCCUCCAUCCAUUCCCCUUCUCCGCACCCAGCCCGCCUCCAUGCUCACCUGAUCUCCGCGUCCGCCGCUACCCGUCCGCCAUGGCCUCCUCCUCCUCCAAGCUCCUAACCCUCACCCUGACUUCCUCCUUUCUCCGCUCCUGUCGCCUAGCCUCCACCUCCCUCCUCCCCAACUCCUCUCGCCGCCUCCCGGGGCCGCUCCUCUCCCUCCGCUUAUGCUCCUCCGCCACCGCUGCUGUCGAUGUCGCCGCCGACUCUGCCGCCGCGGCCGUGUCCUCCGGUCACCCGUGGCCGGAGUGGGGCGACUUCCUCGACAAGCUGCGGGCCAAGGGGUACUUCGAGCGGGCCGCCCCCGCUUGCGCCCCGAGUGCUACCGAGGGCUCCGCCGGAGAUGGGGAGGAGGCGGUGGCUGCUGAGGACGCCGUGGCUUCGGAUGAUACUUACCCUUUCAGGGACCUGAACAGGGUGAAGAACGCUUGCCUCAAGUUCGCGCGCGAGCGCUUCGAUCUCCUCAGCUUCCUUCCAAAGCAGGAUAUUCAAGUUAUUGUUGAGUGUGGCUGUCCUAAUAUCUACCGAAAGGCUGUCAAUUCUGCUAAAAGGCUGAGAGAGUUUGUGCAGGUCGAAGAAGGAGAUGCAUGCAGCGUUUGCAAAUUACGUGGAUCUUGUGAUAAAGCUUAUGUCAUUCCCAAGGCCGAGGAAGGAGCUCGGACUGUUGAUGUUGUGCGCAUACUGCUGACUUAUGCAAUAGAGCCAAGCAGCCUUUCAGGAGAAAACUCAGUUGAUGGAGGCGUGCAAGAAUCUGCAAGAAAGCUUCUCUUGGAGCUUACUAAACUUAGUGAGAAAGCAAUUGAUCCAUCUCUUCCUAAACCUGUAUUUCAAACUUCUAGCAAGCAGGAGUCAUCAUCCAAACUGUUUGCAAAGAGCAAAGAAUCAGCUGCCAAGUCUCGGGGCUCAGUUGGUAAGGGGAUUGAAAUGACUGCAACUGAAAUGAAGAAGGGCGAUUGGCUGUGUCCGAAUUGCAACUUCUUAAAUUUUGCUCGCAAUCGCCGUUGCCUUGAAUGCAAAGCAGAUGGACCAAAAAAGAUAGAAGCCGCCACCACUGAAAUGAAAAUGGGCGAUUGGAUCUGUAUACAGUGUCACUUUAUGAACUUCUCUCGCAAUAAGAUAUGCUUUAAAUGUGAAGAACCUCGUCCGAAGAGGCAGCUCAAUCCUGGAGAGUGGGAGUGCCCCUCAUGCGACUUUGUUAACUUCCGACGCAACAAGAGCUGCAAGAAGUGCAAUCACGACCGUCCCGAGGAUGAUACCCAGGAUAAUCAGCUGGGACAGAGAAACAUGAAAGGGGCUGGCAAGAAUAGAAGUUUUGACUAUAUUGAUCAGGACGAAGACAAUGACGAUGAUGUCUUGCCGUCCAAAGGGGCCCGUAAGCAUGUGGGGAGCAUGAAGGAGAAACUGGGCCCGAGGAGAACCGCUGCCAAGAGUAGAAGUGUUGGCUUUGUUGAUCAGGAGGAUUGUCUCCUCACUGCCAAGAGAAGUGCCGAGGAAGACGACGAUAACGAAGGGGUGCGCAAGCAUGUCGUCAGCAGAAGGGCGACGCCGGAUCAGAGGAGAUUCACCGCUGCUCGAAACCUGUGAGGCCAUCUGGCAGCUAUAGACCUUUGGUGUGUCUGCUUGUAACAAAUUUCAUUCAUUGCAUACUACUUAGCUGAGUACUCAUGAAAUAAUAGCGUGCCGGGAAUCUAGAAGCAAUUUUUUUACUACCUUCAUACAAAA